UGUGGGCAGCUACAUAGCGACGGGUCCUGUUCCACGUUGUGUUCGUAAGAAGAGAAAUGUAUUGAUCGUCCUCUGUUGGAUUUGGUGUUGUAUAAUCAUCAUGGAGUGACCGUCACAUUGGUUUUGUGACCAGCCUACGGAGAGUACAAACCCAUAGAUACAACUAUGUCAGUAAACCGAUGUAUGUAUUUGUUUGCUGGGUUUCGACGCCAUAUUAACCCACGGGCUCUCCGAAUCACCUCCGGCAGAUGUCAUGUGUCUGGACUUAAAAAACAUAAUGCUGGCUCUGUGGCUUGUAGUAGAAAUGUUUCGUCUGAGAGUUCUUCAAAAUCCCCGGACACCUCUCUGUUUGUCCCUGUUUCUCUGAAAACGGACUCCUCGGCAGACGGGGGUGUGGGAUUAGAACUCAGCCAACCGCUCGAUAAAAGUGAACUGCUGAAAACUCUCAACCGCUUUUAUAAGAGGAAGGAGAUGCAGAAGCUGGCAGCAGAUCAUGGCUUGGAUGCUCGUUUGUUCCACCAGGCCUUCAUCAGCUUCAGGAAGUAUGCCCUGGAAGUGACAUCACUCCCUGCUGAUCUGCACAUCAUCCUUAGUGAUAUCUGCCGCGGAGCAGGUCACAUAGAUGACAUCUACCCAUACUUCAUGCGUCACGCCAAGCAAAUCUUUCCCAUGCUGGACUGUAUGGAUGACCUCAGAAAGAUCUCAGACCUCAGAGUCCCGGCCAACUGGUACCCUGAGGCUCGUGCCAUCCAGAGGAAGGUGAUUUUCCAUGCUGGUCCCACUAAUAGUGGUAAAACCUACCAUGCCAUUCAGCGCUACCUGGCUGCUAAGUCUGGAGUCUACUGUGGCCCCCUGAAACUACUGGCCCACGAGAUCUUUGAGAAGAGCAACAGUGCUGGCGUGCCAUGUGACUUGGUCACAGGAGAGGAGAGGACUUUUGUGGGCUCAGAGGGUCGAGCAGCUGCUCAUUUGGCCUGCACCAUUGAGAUGUGCAGUGUCAACUCAACUUAUGAAGUGGCUGUAAUUGAUGAAAUUCAAAUGAUCAGAGAUCCCGCCAGAGGCUGGGCCUGGACCAGAGCACUGCUGGGUCUCUGUGCAGAGGAGAUCCAUGUGUGUGGAGAACCUGCAGCCAUAGAGUUUAUCAGGGAGCUGAUGUACACCACUGGAGAGGAGGUGGAGGUCUGUACCUACCAGCGUUUAACACCGUUCUCAAUCCUGAAUCAAGCUGUGGAGUCAUUAGACAACCUGAGACCAGGAGAUUGCAUUGUCUGCUUCAGUAAAAAUGAUAUCUACUCCAUAAGCAGACAGAUUGAGACCAAAGGACUAGAAUGUGCUGUGAUUUAUGGGAGCUUGCCACCAGGCACCAAGCUCUCCCAGGCCAAGAAGUUCAAUGACCCUGAUGACCCAUGCAAGAUCCUGGUUGCUACAGAUGCUAUUGGCAUGGGUCUGAACUUGAGUAUAAGACGUAUUAUCUUCAACAGUCUGGUAAAGCCUAAUGUUAAUGAGAAGGGGGAGAAACAGAUGGAGCCCAUCAGCACAUCACAGGCUCUGCAGAUAGCUGGCCGCGCAGGAAGGUUCUCAUCCAAAUUUAAGGAGGGAGAAGUUACCACCAUGCACCGAGAUGAUCUGCCUGUCCUGAAGGAAAUCCUCAGCCACUCGGUGGAGCCCAUAGAGGCUGCAGGUCUCCAUCCUACUGCAGAGCAGAUAGAGAUGUUUGCCUAUCAUCUACCUGAUGCUACACUGUCCAACCUUGUUGACAUAUUUGUCAGCCUCUCUCAGGUGGAUGGUCUGUUUUUUGUCUGCAACAUUGAUGACUUUAAGUUUCUAGCAGACAUGAUUCAACAUAUCCCACUCAACUUGAGAUCACGCUAUGUCUUCUGCACUGCACCCAUCAACAAGAAACAACCAUUUGUGUGCACCUCUUUCCUAAAGUUUGCACGUCAGUUCAGUCGAGACGAACCCCUGACGUUUGACUGGGUGUGUCGCCACGUCAGCUGGCCUCUGGCUUCACCCAAAAACAUCAAAGACCUGGUUCACCUGGAAGCUGUUCAUGAUGUGUUGGAUCUUUACCUCUGGUUAAGCUACCGUUUCAUGGACAUGUUUCCAGACACAGCCUUGGUUCGAAAAAUCCAGCAUGAACUUGAUGAGAUCAUCCAACAGGGCGUCCGAAAUAUCACCCGUCUCAUCAGAGCCACUGACCCAGCGAUCACUGACCCCCUGCAGUCACAGAGUAGCAAGCGAGGACAAACGGGCCGUAACAGUAGAACUGCCAGCAGUAGUUAUUUGACUGGGGGUCAGAGGGACAAGGGAGGCUCAGAAACGCGGAUGGACAGCUCUCUGGCAGGUCGCCUGGUCAGGGAUGGGCUGUUGACUCCUGGUCUGCUCCAGCAGCUGCAGAGAGAGUGGUCUAAAGAUCAGAACAUGCUCCAUGGAGAACCUCUGAGCAAUAACAGCAAAGCCAUAAGUAGAAAGAAGAAGAAAUGAAGAGAAACAAUUAUGUCUUGAUGGUGGGACAUGAUCAUUACUGUGCCUGUGGAAAUCAAUAACCAAUACCAGGCUUGGAUCAUAUCUGGUAGCUUGUGUAAGUUAACCAUCACUUCAGGCAGUUAGAAGGGACCUAUGCACAGUUUUCAAUCCUGCAACCAUCAGAAAUAAGCUUAACCCGAGGUAUGAAAAUAAAAACUCCAAAAUGUA